ACUCGAAGCGCUGCAGGAGAUGCGAGCAGAGCGGCGCGGAGGCCUUCCAAAGUCGAGCAUGUGCGGGCUGCGGCCUGUGCGGUGAGCGCGCGAUGCUAGGGCUGCCGCGUGCCCGCGCUGCCGUGGUCGUGGUGGUCGUGGUGGUCGUGGUGGUCGUCGUGGUCGUCGUGGUCGCCGCGCGAUGACCGAUCGCCGUCGGUUGUGCGCGCCGCCAAUCAGCCAGCACGCGCGCGCCUUCUUCCUCGUCGCGCUGCUCCUGCCGGUCAAGACCGCACUCGCCCAGUCACAGAGCGUGCACGUGACCGCAGCUGAUCGGCUGGAGAACGUGACGCACACGGUGAACCGGAUCCUCGACGGAUACGACAUACGACUCAGGCCCAACUUCGGAGGGAAUCCGCUCUAUGUCGGCAUGGACUUGACCAUCGCAAGCUUUGAUGCCAUUUCUGAAGUUAACAUGGAUUACACAAUAACGCUUUAUUUGAAUCAGUACUGGAAGGAUGAAAGACUGGCCUUCGGACUCGUCGAUGAGGUGCUCACUCUGUCCGGAGACUUCGCCGACAAGAUUUGGGUGCCGGACACCUUUUUCGCUAACGACAAAAAUAGUUUCCUGCACGACGUGACCGAGCGGAACAAGCUGGUGCGACUGGGCGGCGAGGGCAGCAUCACCUACGGCAUGCGAUUCACCGCCACUCUCGCCUGCAUGAUGGACCUGCACUACUACCCUUUGGACUCGCAGAACUGCACCGUCGAGAUUGAAAGCUAUGGGUACACGGUUUCGGAUGUGGUAAUGUAUUGGAAAGAGACCCCCGUGAGAGGAGUGGAGGACGCCGAACUGCCGCAGUUUACUAUUCUUGGACAUGAAACUAAUGAUAGAACGGAGAACCUGGCGACAGGCGUGUACCAACGAUUAUCUUUAAGUUUCAAGUUACGAAGGAACAUUGGUUACUUCGUUUUCCAAACUUAUCUGCCCAGUAUACUCAUUGUUAUGCUCUCGUGGGUGUCUUUCUGGAUCAACCACGAAGCCACGUCAGCGAGAGUUGCUUUAGGUAUAACGACGGUGCUGACAAUGACUACAAUAAGCACUGGAGUACGUAGCAGUCUUCCGCGCAUCUCCUAUGUAAAAGCUAUCGACAUUUAUCUGGUGAUGUGCUUCGUGUUUGUAUUUGCUGCGCUUCUCGAAUACGCCGCCGUCAACUAUACAUAUUGGGGUGCCAGGGCACGGAAACGGGCCAAGUUAAAGAACAGAGAUCUUUCAGCUAGCCCUAGUAUAGAGAAAGAUCUGAAAUGUUCCACUGGUUCACGGUCUCCAGAAGAGAUUAUAGCGCUUCGGGAGUGCACUGCGACGUCGGGGAGAGUGUCACCCAUCCUGAGCCUGCGGUCAAAGCCACUUCCGUCGGCGGCUGGGGCACCUCCGUCCUUGCGGCUGCAGCGUGAUCACAUGCAACUUCGGUAUAGGACAAGACCGCAUUCCAGGACCUCGAGAAACGGUUCAACAGGCAAGCCGAAGAUGAUGCACGCGCUCCGUCGCGGUGCUUCCGUGAUCAAAGCAUCCAUGCCCAAGAUCCGUGAUGUGAACGUCAUCGAUACAUACUCCCGCGUCAUCUUCCCUGUUUGCUUCCUGCUGUUCAACGCUGUCUACUGGGUGUUCUAUGUUAUCGAUUGAACUUUGUAUUACUUAAGUAAAAUUGGGAAUGGAUUCCUGAGAUAUCAAAUUUAUUAUGGAAUUAGGAGGAAGGUGCUGAUUAC